GUGUACUAGCAAAAUCCGACAAUCCAUGGGGCGUAGAGAAGACGAGAGAAUCCCGUACUUUCACGCCAAGGCAAGCAACCGGCCGCCCGCCCGCCGCCAUCACCACCGUCCUCCCCACGGUACUCCGGUUCCAAGUUCCGUAUCCGGCCCUGCAUGGCCUAAAUCACCAUCCCUCCACCCCUCUGCUUAGUGAGCUCUUGCUUGCCGUACAUACAUGCCGAUGAGCUCCUCGCCGGCGGUCGCGGUCGCGGUCGCGUCUGCGGCCGUGGUAGCGCUGGCUGUCGCUAACCGCGUGCUCUAUAAGCUCGCGCUGGUGCCCCUCAAGUCCUAUCCCUUCUUCCUCGCUCAGCUCACCACGUUCGGGUACGUCACGGUGUACUUUUCAAUACUCUAUGCGAGGUACCGCGCGGGGGUGGUGACGCGGGACAUGCUGACACUGCCGAAGAUCCGGUUCGCUGUCAUCGGCUUGCUAGAGGCUCUUGGGGUCGCCGCUGGAAUGUCUGCGGGAGCUAUGCUGCCUGGCCCUGCUAUUCCUAUACUGUCUCAGUCUUUCCUGGUGUGGCAGCUUAUCUUCUCUGUGUUGCUUUUGGGAAAGACCUACUCUCUGAGACAAAUCAUUGGUUGCUUGCUUGUAACUUCUGGUGUGAUUCUUGCUGUUGCGAGUGGGGCAAAUGAUGGUCAUCUUCUAUCUGGAGUCAAGUUAAUUUGGCCAUUGCUGAUGGUUGUUUCAUCGGCAUUCCAAGCUGGUGCAUCCAUUUUGAAGGAGUCUGUUUUCGUUGAUGGUGCAAAACGUCUUAAGGGGAAACGGCCUGACAUCUUCGUGGUUAAUUCAUUCGGAUCUGGGUUUCAGGCUCUUUUUGUCUUCCUUCUUCUCCCAUUACUUUCUAAUUUGAGGGGGAUUAAGCUUGCUGAGCUUUCUGGCCAUUUAAAUGGUGGUGCUGAGUGCUUCUUAAAUGUUGGGGAGAGCCCAAUUGAUUGUGGAGGUGCUCCAUUCCUACCAUUGCUUUUUAUAUUCGUAAACAUGGCUUUCAACAUCUCGUUGCUUAAUUUGGUAAAGAUGUCGUCUGCCGUGGUUGCUUCACUUACAGCAACUUCCGCCGUGCCAAUAUCAAUCUACAUCCUUUCUCUUCCUUUGCCCUACAUCCCUCAAGGCGCGGAAUUAAGCGCUUCUUUUAUCUUAGGUGGCAUUGUAUUGUUGAUGGGCCUAAUUCUGUAUAACCUUCCCCAAUCAUCUAAAGAGUCAAAGACUGACUAAAAGCUUAUGGCGAUUGAGUGUAUAUUACCACUUCAACCGAAAAUCAAUUAUUGGUUUGGUCCUGAAGCUAA